AUGUUCCCUCCCACUCUUACACAUCCUCUGGCGCAUGCGCAUUACAGCUCCUCUCCCGCUGCGCGGGCGUUUCAGCUUGCAUUUGAGGCGGCCCGGGAGCCCGUGCGUUUCGCUGUUCUGCAUACGUUCAAGAUCUGGAAUUGGGAGCUGAAUGGCGCAUAUCCGCCUCGCGAUGCUUUACACUCCGUAUAUACACGCGCUCCUGGAGAUCUGAGGGCGGCCGUAGAUUAUAUCAUACGCUGGGAUAGCGUCUCUUGGUUGCGAGAUUCAGACGAUUUAAAAUGCCACGAAGAUUCACGGAGGGCGGCAGCGGACUCGAAGAGCAUCGAAGCAGCGCCGACAAUCUUUCAUACCGUCACGGCCGGCCAGCUCUCUCAGCGGCAUGCUCAAAUCGAGGACGUCAUGCUGGCGCACCAAGGUCUUUCGACGACUCUCAAAGAUCAUGCCAAUCUCAUAAUCUCGGACGCAACCGUCUGCGCGAAUGUCAAUCUCAAUCCGGGGCCGCCGAUACAUGAUGCCUCACCCAUCAAGGCCAUUCCUCUCACACCUUCGCUGGGCGAAGGCCCUGGGAUCGUGCCCUUUCUAUCCGAAAUUUAA